AUGAUCCCUACGGAGGCAUGGAAAGCAUUAGGAGAUGAAGGAGUGGAUAUACUGUGUGAUCUUAUAACAAAGAUCCUUGAGCAGGAAAAGAUACCAAAUGAGUGGCAUGGGAGUAUACUGAUCUCAAUCUUUAAGGGGAAAGGCGAUGUCCAAGAGUUUGGUAAUUAUAGUAGUAUUAAACUGAUGACCCACACUUUGAAGAUGCUGGAAAGGAUGACAGAUGCCAGACUAAGAGAAGUAGAAAUAGGUAAAGAGCAGAUGGGAUUUAUGAAGGGAAGGGGAACAACAGAUGGUAUAUUUUGUCUGAGGCAACUAAUGGAGAAAUUCAGGGCAAAGAAAAGGGACUUACAAAUGGUAUUCAUUGACCUUGAAAAGGUUUAUGACUGA